GGAGACGAGUUUGUCAUUGCAAAUAUUUUCCGAUAUGUGAGAUAAUUUACUUGUUCUCUGUAAUAUCGUAUAGCUUUGGAAUCGUGACAUUAUCUAGUGUGGAGGAAAAGAUGCAGGUUUCUAGACUCAUACCCAGACUCUGAGAAGGGAUUGCGUGACGAUUCGUUUGGCACCCGCGUGACCCAACAUGACAACGUGAACGCGAAUGUCCGACAGUCUACUGGGUGAGGCGUUAUACGUUCCUCCAUUCAUUGCCGAAUGAGAUUCCUAGAUCCUCCUUUCUCUAAUAUCUCUGCAAUGAGCUCUUAAAUCGAGAUAGCUGUGUAUUUUGCUACUGCAUGGCCAGUGUGAGCCAGAAUGUCUGAUGAAAAAACGCUGAAGAAAAUGUGGAUUCCCCAAUGGAUCCGGACAAAGGUAGCCCGUUCCCCUCCAACCUCCAGGAGUCCCCAGGUCAAACACCUCCCGGUACCACUUUACUGCUGGGUCUGGUCGACUGCAGGAAAACACCGGGGCAGAGUGGAAGUGAGAGAGGAGGAGGAGAAGAGAAGGAAGAUGGAGAUUUGAUUUCAUUAAGGGACAGCCCUAACCAUUGCUCUCUCAGUGGGAAGGGCUUAUCAUCUCGGGAGGCUCAACAACAACAUGAUUCUGACAAGACGUCUCUCCAGAAGAGUCACUCCAGAUCAGAACGUCUCACUAAACACAAGCAGAGACGUAUAGGGAAGAAACCUCCCCACCGCUGCUCUGGCUGUGGGAAGAGUUUUUCUAAACAGACGGAAUUGAUGAUUCACGAGCGGAUUCACACAGGAGAGAAGCCUUAUAGCUGUGAUCAGUGUGGGAAGAGCUUCAAUCAAUCAGGAGCCCUGAGAACACACCAACGCAUACACACAGGAGAGAAGCCUUAUCGCUGUGAUCAGUGUGGGAAGAGCUUCAAUUGUUCAGGAUCCCUGACGACACACCAGCGCAUACACACAGGAGAGAAGCCUUAUAGCUGUGAUCAGUGUGGGAAGAGCUUCCAUCAUUCAGGAAACCUGAUUAUACACCAACGCAUACACACAGGAGAGAAGCCUUAUAGCUGUGAUCAGUGUGGGAAGAGCUUCAGGAACUCAGGACACCUGACUACACACCAACUCACACACACAGAAAAUAAACCUUAUAGCUGUGAUCAGUGUGGGAAGAGCUUCAAUCAUUCAGGAUCCCUGAUUACACACCAACGCAUACACACAGGAGAGAAGCCUUAUAGCUGUGAUCAGUGUGGGAAGAGCUUCAAUCAAUCAGGAGCCCUGAGAACACACCAACGCAUACACACAGGAGAGAAGCCUUAUCGCUGUGAUCAGUGUGGGAAGAGCUUCAAUUGUUCAGGAUCCCUGACGACACACCAGCGCAUACACACAGGAGAGAAGCCUUAUAGCUGUGAUCAGUGUGGGAAGAGCUUCCAUCAUUCAGGAAACCUGAUUAUACACCAACGCAUACACACAGGAGAGAAGCCUUAUAGCUGUGAUCAGUGUGGGAAGAGCUUCAAUCAAUCAGGAUCCCUGAUUACACACCAGCGCAUACACACAGGAGAGAAGCCUUAUAGCUGUGAUCAGUGUGGGAAGAGCUUCAACCAUUCAGGAUCCCUGAUUACACACCAACGCAUACACCCAGAAGAGAAGCCUUAUAGCUGUGAUCAGUGUGGAAAGAGCUUCACUCAAUCAGGAUCCCUGACUACACACCAACUCAUUCACACAGGAGAGAAGCCUUAUAGCUGUGAUCAGUGUGGGAAGGGCUUCAGGAAAUCAGGAAACCUGACUGUACACCAGCGCAUACAUACAGGAGAGAAGCCUUAUAGCUGUGAUCAGUGUGGGAAGAGCUUCAAUCGUUCAGGAGACCUGACUACACACCAACGCAUACACACAGGAGAGAAGCCGUAUAGCUGUGAUCAUUGUGGGAAGAGCUUCAAACAUUCAGGAUCCCUGACUGCACACCAACGCAUACACACAGGAGAGAAGCCUUAUAGCUGUGUUCAGUGUGGGAAGAGCUUCAAUCGUUCACUAUCCCUGACUACACACCAACGCAUACACACAGGAGAGAAGCCUUAUAGCUGUGAUCAGUGUGGGAAGAGCUUCAAUCGUUCACUGUACCUGACUACACACCAACGCAUACACACAGGAGAGAAGCCAUAUAACUGUGAUCAGUGUGGGAAGAGCUUCAAUCAAUCAGGAGCCCUGACUAUACACAAACGCAUACACACAGGAGAGAAGCCUUAUAGCUGUGAUCAGUGUGGGAAGCGCUUCAAUCAUUCUGGAUCCCUGACUACACACCAAUACAUACACACAGGAGAGAAGCCUUAUAACUGUGAUCAGUGUGGGAAGAGUUUCAAUCAAUCAGUACACCUGAAUAUACACCAAUGCAUACACACAGGAGAGAAGCCUUAUAGCUGUGAUCAGUGUGGGAAGAGCUUCAAUCAUUCAGGAUCCCUGACUACACACCAACGCAUACACACAGGAGAGAAGCCUUAUAACUGUGAUCAGUGUGGGAAGAGCUUCAGUCAUUCAGGAUCCCUGAUUAAACACCAACGCAUACACACAGGAGAGAAGCCUUAUAGCUGUGUUCAGUGUGGGAAGAGCUUCAAUCAAUCAGGAGCCCUGACUAUACACAAACGCAUACACACAGGAGAGAAGCCUUAUAGCUGUGAUCAGUGUGGGAAGAGCUUCAAUCGUUCAGGAGAACUGACUACACACCAACGCAUACACACAGGAGAGAAGCCUUAUAGCUGUGUUCAGUGUGGGAAGAGCUUCAAUCAUUCAGGAUCCCUGACUGCACACCAACGCAUACACACAGGAGAGAAGCCUUAUAGCUGUGAUCAGUGUGGGAAGAGUUUCAGGAAUUCAGGAGACCUGACAACACACCAACAUAGAUGUGGAUAG